CUGUUCUGGAGUGUGGAUCAGUCAGUAAAACAUAAUCUACAAUUUUCCAGGGAGACAGAAAUGUUCCAGGUCAUGAAGAUUUUAAAAGGACUUAAAUAGACUUAUAUAAAAAAAAGACGCCACGCGUUGGCGGUAAAGCGACAUUUUGCUAGCGAGAGAACCACCAACGAAGAAGUCGCGGACCGGUAACGCAGCAGUGGCUCGGAGAUUAUGGCGUAGAAAACAAUUAGUAAACAUGGAUAAAAAGAAGAAACCCUUUGAUGUGACUGCUUCAUCGCUAGUGGACCUUAAAGCUGAACUGUACAGAAAGCAGGAACAAUUCAAACAGGAAAAACUUGGGCAAGAAAGUGCUGGUACUGGAUUCACAUCAAAAUCCAAAGUCAAGAAACCCAAUGUCUGGAUCAAACAAAAUGCGGGUGUUUCUGCAAGAGCUGAAAAAGAUGCAGAGCAGCUGGCUGAGGAGCAGAGCAGCCUUGAUACAGCAAAACGCAAGUUGGAGGAGAAGGCCAAACUCUAUGAGCAAAUGACAAAAGGAGACUUUCCAGAUGAAGAGACGGAGGGACUCUUCCUGGUUGACUUCACCCAGAAAAUUAUCGACAAAAAGAGAGAAACACUUGCACAGAAGGAAACAGAAAGAGAUGAUAAGGAAAGAGACAACUCAUCUGCUAUCCCUCCUCCUCAAAACCCAGCAGAGGAAUGGGUGGAUUAUGUGGACGCUUUGGGCCGAUCUCGAAGAUGCAUGAAGAAAGACCUGCCAGAUUUUAAGAAAAUGGACCAAGACCUUAAAGGAAAAGGAAAAGCCUCAGCUGACAAGACCAUACUCUCAGAGGACAUGCGUCGAGAGCUGCUGCGACAGGAGUGGGAGAGAGAGGAAGAGGAGGCUAUGAAGAGGCCUGUAGGACCGCUCCACUACGAGGAUAUCAGGGGACAAGAGGCUCGGGAGCUCGGUGUGGGUUACUUUGCGUUCUCUCAAGAUGAAGAGCAGCGCAGAAAGCAGAGAGAAACUCUGGACAUGCUCAGAGACCAGACAACAGAGCAGCGCACUAAGAGGGAACAACUGAAGGAGAAGAGGCAGACCAUCCUGCAGGCCCGACUGGCCAAGUUGAGGCAGAGGAAGAUGAAGAAGGCCAAGCUGGAUGGCACUGAGGAUGAGCUGAGAGAGGAGGAGCAUGAAGGAGAGGAGGGGGAAGGUGAAUUAAUAGGACCCUUGCCUCCACCAGCGGACUCCCCGGAGGUCAGCACAAUGAAGAAAGUGGAAGUGGAAAUCCAGGAAAGGAAGGACACCAAACCAGGAGUUCCUCACGUCAGAGAAUGGGACAGAGGCAAAGAGUUUAUGUUUAGUGAGUGGAAAUCUCGGCGUCGCGAUGAGCGAGAAUCAGAAUUUGCACCGCCCUCUACCUACUUUGCUGAAGGGAAGAGACAAAAACCAGGGAAUAGGGAGAAUAAAUCCAAAAUGUCCUUCAAGUGGACCAAAGGCCCAGGAGGAAUCUCUGAGAGCCAGGAGGAACCGCAAUCUCAGCCUAAAACUGCUCCUUCACCUCCUCAACAAAAUCCACCAACUCCCUCACAAGUACAGACCUCAUCACAGUCAUCACCUUCAGAUCACCCAGCAGAUUCAGCUCCCGUGUCUGCUCCCCCUUUAAAUCCCCAGCACCCCCCUCCUCCAUUUUAUCCUCUGUUUUCUCCUCCUCAGUUUGCUGGACCACCUUACCUGCUUCCUCCGUUUACCCCACAGUACCCAAACCAGUAUCCACCCCAAUAUCCACCCCAAUAUCCACCCCAAUAUCCACCCCAGUAUCCACCCCAAUAUCCACCCCAGUAUCCACCCCAGUAUCCACCUCAGCCGCAGAGCCAGCCUCAGCCUCAGCAGCCCCCCCAGCCUGCAGAUCUCAGCCAGGCCGAGCAGCCUUCGCAGAGUCUAGAUGACAUGCUGUCCUUUUACAGAAACUCUUACUGAUCUUGAAAAUAUCAUGUUUGCUGUGCAGUUGGUUCAUAUUGUGAGUGUAAAUACUGUUGAGGAAAUGACAGAAACAACAGGACACAACGUCUCAGCUCUUUGGAGUCUUAGCAUUUAAUAAAUAUCAGGAAUUUAACUGGACAUUGUUCUGAGGUUUUAGUUUUUUGACUGUUGAUUUUGGUUACGCUCUUAUACAUAUAAAGCCUAUAAAGAUUAUUGAAGUCUGGACACUGAGUUGCAGUAUGAAAAUAUCCACCAGAUGGUACUGAACACCUUCGUUGAGAAAAUCUCUGCAAGUGAGCAGACUGACUGUGCACUGCAGUGAUCGAUCUUAACUGUUGAAGGACAUCAUUCUAGAGCGGCACUUAUUUUCAUUAUUGAUUAAGUCUUGUCUUUAAAAUGUCAUAAAAGAGUGAAAAGUGUCCAUCUCAGAGUCCAAGA